UGAACAUGAAUAUCUUCAGAACUUUGUUGUGAAACCUUUUUUCUCCUAUGGCACAAAACCUUUCUUUACCUUCAGGCUCCAGGUGAGUAUAAAACCUCGUACAUCUUUCUUCAUUCUGAGCAGCGCUCUCUUGAACACAUAAAUCCUUUUCACGAUUACUCUCGAAACCCGAACUCAUCUACACCGGCGUUUCUCGUCCAAGCCCUUGCAACGGACUUUCGGCCACUUCACUGUCGAACCUCUCCAAUCUUCUCAUAAACUCAUAACACAGCCAAUCAUGGGUCUUUGCUUUUGUCCCUUCGGGGGGCUUGUUAGCUGCGUAAAGGCAUUCCUUGGCGUCUCAUCUGCCGUGUCAUGUUGCGUUUUCACAUUAGGCAGUGGGCUUCAUAUGGCCUUCAAUAACGAAGCAGAGGAUUCAAGGCCCUUGGAUGGGGAGUCUUAUCAGGGUAUACUUUGGUCGUAUGAUGAUGAGCCUUCGGUUUGAACCAUGCAACAUGUAUUCUCCCUGCAGUCUUUGGUUCGUGGCCUCCAAGGCUGGCAUUUUCUACUGUAUUCAAUUGCAUUGUCGAGAUUUUUUAUUCUUUCAACUCUGUCCUUGAAAGGAGUUGUGGAAGCUCAAGGAGUUAAGUGGUUGGAGAAUUCCGGGGGCAAAGUCUAUUCGCUCACUGGUUUUGCAAUACCCUGGGUUUCGGAUCAAGCUUCGCAAAAGUUUGUAUGCAAGGGCGAGCUUGCGACUCAAGCGCUGCA